AUGCGCCCGUAUCGCGAUUGUGCCGCGUCCAUUAAUCUAUGCCAGUCCUCCUCUUUGGCUACAUUUGCGCGAAAGAACAACAUAGCAUCAGGAUUGUCUUGGGCGGUGUUCUUGCCCCCCCUCUUCAUUGAUAUCGGCGACGAUUACUUUCGCGCCUUCUUGGGCAAAUCUCUUGGCUAUGCCUGCACCAUAGCCAGAUCCAGCACCUUCCGAAUGUCAUUCGUUAGUGAAGCAAAGGAAAAAUUAAAAUCGGUAUAUGUACCUGUCACAAUUGCGACUUUUCCAGCAAGCCGAGACCCCGAUUUGAGCGCGUUCAUUUUGGCAGACAACGAUUCGCCUUACAGUAUCGCGUACUGGGAUAUGGGGUACCCCAAGAAACCGAGCCCGGGUGUGGGGACGGAAGGCUUCUUCACGGCCGUUCUCAAGACGAUCAAGCUAGUCGAUAUCAAGACGUCUUUGCGAAGGAAGAGAUAUCGAAAUAUGAAGGUCUCACCCUGCUACGUUGGCAUCCCACGUUCAUUGCUCCGGAGCCCAGGGACAUUCAGGCCACAUCAAAAUGCGGCUCGCCUAUUUGCGACCGAGGCGGAAUCAAAACUGAAGUCAAGACUUCGAGACCCGAAACUCUUUCGCGAGCAAGGAUACAUUGGCGGAAAAUGGACUGGUGGACACGGCGAAAAGAGCUUUCCGGUUUUGAAUCCACAAAAUGGACAGCUUGUUGGCAAAUGUCCUGAAAUGGACCAUCAAGACACCAUAACUGCCAUUGAAGCGGCCCAGCAGGCAUUCGAAAUCUUUCGCUUCAGUACUCCUCUUCAGCGAAUGAAUAUUCUCAAAAGGUGGUCAGCACUGAUGCAAAAGCACGAAGAAGACUUAGCCACGAUUUUAAGUUUCGAAAAUGGCCGACCACUGCAGGCCUCUCGCUCUGAAAUCAAGUACGCGGCUAGUUUCUUCGAAUGGUUUCAGGGCGAGGCCAUGAGAUCAUAUGGCGAGACUAUUCAGUCCAGCACGCCAGGGCAUCGCGUCCUCACGCUUAGACAGCCGAUCGGAGUGGUCGGCAUCAUUACGCCGUGGAACUUUCCUUCGGCUAUGAUCACGCGUAAAGUUGGUGCAUCAAUUGCGGCUGGAUGCAGCGUCGUGUUGAAACCCGCUGCAGAGACACCAUAUUCAGCGCUAGCCUUGGCUGAGUUGGGCGAACGUGCAGGAAUCCCUGCAGGCGUUUUAAACGUUGUGACGACUGAUCAGAAUGUCUCCAGCGUGGGUAAGACCAUCUGUCAGCACCCUGUCAUCAAGAAAGUGUCGUUCACCGGAUCGACCGGGGUAGGGAAAAUCCUCAUGGAGCAGUCUAGUUCGACGCUGAAGAAGCUGUCGAUGGAACUCGGGGGAAAUGCGCCUUUUAUCGUAUUUGAUGAUGCCAGUCUCGACAAGGCUAUCGAGGGCCUUAUGGCUGCCAAAUUCCGUGCAUCUGGGCAGACCUGCGUUUGCGCCAACCGCGUGUACCUUCAAGAAGGAAUUCACGACGAAUUCAUCGAACGCUUUUCCAAGGUGGUGAGAGACCGGAUGAUUCCCGGGGACCCGUUAGCCGAAGGAACAUCCUUGGGACCGUUGAUCAGCCAAAAAGCCACUGACAAGGUCGAACGACUGGUUCAAAAUGCUUGCGAACACGGAGCAGAGGUUGUUUUGGGUGGUGUGCGAUCGAGCCAGGAUGCGGCCACCUUUUUCCCAGCCACGAUCUUGAAGAAUAUGAAGCCAACCAUGCAAGCAAGUCGCGAAGAGUGGUUUGGACCUGUUGUAGCGUUCUAUAAAUUCGGAACCGAGCAGGAGCUCCUCCAGAUGGCGAACGACUCGGAAGUUGGCCUAGCCGCGUAUGUUUAUACUAACCAGAUGUCUCAGGCCUGGAGAGCGGCCGAGCUUCUUCAGACUGGCAUGGUAGGUGUCAAUACUGGCAUGGUGUCAGACCCCGUCGCGCCGUUUGGAGGCGUCAAACACUCUGGAUUCGGGCGUGAAGGAGGCCGGGUCGGUGUGGAGGAGUUUCAAAUCACAAAGACCAUUACACUGGGAGAACUCGGUCUUCCUGAUGGGAAGACAAUGUACUAG